AUGAAUCUAGGUGCGGAAAGAGUGAAAGAAGUAAGAACGCAGACUCUCUGGCGGGAGUUUGAAGCGUUGAGGAUGGGUGAUUCAGAAAGUAUUGAUGAGUAUUAUGGAAAAUUUACCAUUAUUGUUAACAAAUUGAGAGGCCUCGGCAAUACUGUGGAUGAUAUCCAAGUAGUUAAGAAACUUCUACGAUCCACCUCUGCAAAGUUUCUUCAAAUCACUUCAACGAUUGAGGAGUUUAGUGAUCUCAAAACGAAAUCCAUUGAUGAGAUUAUUGGAUCACUCAAGGCACAUGAAGAAAGGUUGCAAGGGUUUGGAGAAAAAGAUGAAACCGUUCUCCUCACUCAUGCAGAAUGGAAGGAACGAGAAUAUGCAAAAUCCUCAAAGAAAGAAUGGAAGGAUCAAGACAGUUCUAGAGGAGGCAGGGGAUGA